UUAACAAAUAUCUCAGGACAAGAAGAUCUGGACCGUAUUUUAAAUAUAAUGCGAAUGAUUAUUUUUUGCAAGACAAACACUAGAGAUUUCACUAGCCUGGCCCCACGCUGUAAUGCCAUAUGAAAUGACAGAGUGUACACACGCAUGGUAGACAUGCUGAGCGUAAGUAUUAGAUUCAGACUUUUUCCAAGCUUCUUACAUACGGAAUCAAUUUGCUCUGUCCAUCUUAAAUUGCAAUCAAAGCUUACAUCUAAAAAAACAGUUUUUUUUUUGGAAGUUACAACUGUCUUGCAUAGGGUUAAAAUAAGAGGUUAAC